GCAGACUCUAAAAUGUUGAGCAUAAGUGAAGCUCUUGUGGCAGUGGCUGUAUUUCUUCUAAUUACGCAGUUUUUAAAGUUGCAGCGAGUGCGGAGACGGUUUCCUCCUGGACCAGUCCCUCUCCCAGUCCUUGGGACACUGAUACAGCUGAACUUUCAGUUUAAUCGUGAUCUUCUCAUGCAGCUGGCAAAAAUUCAUGGCAACAUCUUCACUUUAUGGUUUGGAUGGGCCCCAGUGGUUAUACUGAAUGGAUUUCAAGCAGUGAAGGAUGGUAUGACCACACACCCCGAAGAUGUUUCUGGCAGGCUGGUGUCCCCUUUCUUCAGAGCAAUGGCCAAAGGAAAAGGAAUUAUGUUGGCAACUGGUCACACCUGGAAGCAGCAGAGGAGGUUUGCUCUGAGGACUUUACGCAACCUUGGUCUGGGGAAGAGAGGUCUGGAGUACCGAGUGCAAGAAGAAGCUCACUACCUGGUAGACUUCUUUGCAAGUAUGAAAGGGAAACCUGUGAAUCCUGCUUUCCCUCUUGUCCAUUCUGUCUCAAAUGUAAUUUGUGCUGUUGUGUUUGGACAUCGUUUCUCCAGAGAGGAUGAGGCCUUUCAUGAUCUGAUCAAAGCUACAGAACAUCUCUUCAAGUUUGGGGGCAGCUUUAUUCAUCAUCUCUAUGAAAUCUUCCCCUGGCUGAUGAGCCGCCUCCCUGGGCCUCACAAGAAGGCCUUGGCUUGUUAUGAUGUCCUGAGCAACUUUACACGGAGAGAGAUCCGAAUGCACACAGAGCGUGGGGCACCAGAGGAGCUGCAGGAUUUCAUUGACUUCUACCUGGAUCACAUUGAAAAAUCUAAAGAUGAACCCAGGUCAACAUACAAUGAAGACAACAUGGUUUAUUCUAUAAACGACCUAUUCUUGGGUGGAUCAGAGACAUCAAGCACCACUUUGAACUGGGGCCUUCUCUAUAUGGUGGCAAAUCCAGACAUCCAAGAGAAGGUGCAGAAGGAGCUGGAUGCUGUUCUGGGUCCCUCCAAGGUAAUCUGCUAUGAGGAUCGGAGAGAGCUGCCCUACACAAACGCUGUGAUUCAUGAGAUCCAACGCUUCAGCAACAUCAUUUCAGUGGGCAUGCCCAGGGUGUGUGUGAGGGACACAACCUUGCUUGGCUUUCCCCUCAGAAAGGGCACCAUAGUUCUUCCAAAUAUUGCUUCAUCUUUGUAUGACCCCGAGCAGUGGGAAACACCUCGACAGUUCAACCCUGGUCACUUCUUAGAUAAGGAUGGAAACUUUGUGGCCCAAGAAGCCUUUUUACCAUUCUCCAUAGGGCACCGGGUGUGUUUGGGGGAGCACUUGGCCAGGACCGAGCUGUUCAUUUUCUUUGCCAGCCUGCUGCGGGCAUUCACCUUCCGCCUCCCCGAGGGAGUGACCCGGGUCCGCACGGAGCCCGUCAUGGGGGGCACUCUGCAGCCCCACCCCUACAGGCUCUGUGCCAUCCCACGCUAG